AUGUCCGACGCCGAGAUCGAGUCCGAGCCGACGAGCCCAUGGCGGCUGGACGGCUACCGCGCCGUCGUCACCGGCAGCACGAAGGGCAUCGGCCUCGCGACCGCGCGCGAGUUCGUCGCCCUGGGCGCUUCCGUCCUGAUCGUCGGGCGAGACAUCGAGUCCGUCCUCGACGUCGUGAACGGCGAGUUCGUCACCGGCGCCGCGCACGCGUUCGCGGGGGACAUCUCCACGCCCGCGGGGAGAGCCGAGCUGGUGGACGAGGUCGCCGCGCUGUGGCCGGACGGGAUCGACAUCUUGGUCAACAACGCGGGGACGAACGUGCGGAAGGCGGCGCUGGACGCGACCGACGAGGAGUACGAUCGCAUCAUGGAUCUGAACCUCCGCGCGACGUACGAGCUCUGCAGGGCGCUGCACCCGGCGCUGCGAAACGCGCCGAGCGGGCGACCGACGAUCGUGAACGUCGCGUCCGCGGCGGGCGUGCAGAGCACCGGCAGCGGCGCCGCGUACGCGAUGAGCAAAGCCGCGGUGAUUCAGCUCACGAAGACGCUCGCGUGCGAGUGGGCGCCGCGCGUUCGCGUCAACGCCAUCGCGCCGUGGGUGACGUGGACGCCGCUGUUAGAGAACACGAUCGACGCGGACGCCACGGGGCAUCAGCGCGAGAGUUUACGGAAGGCGGAGCGCGCGACGCCGCUGGGGAGAGCGGCGCGCGCGGAAGAGAUGGCGGCCGCGAUCGCAUUCUUCGCGAUGCCGGCGUCGAGUUACGUCACGGGUCAGACGUUGAGCGUGGACGGGGGGUUGCUCGUGGAGGGGUUCGCGGGCGCGUGCGUGGACCGAGGAGAGGGGGAGUGA